AAAAGGUGUAAACCAGAAUCUACGCGAGAGAUGAGAGGUAGAGAGAGAGUGAGUGCGAUCAGCAACGGGGCAUGCGGACGACGGACAGCACGGAGCUGGAAGCCUUUCGGAAACCAGAGAUGGAACAGAGAUGGGUGGAUUGAUGGUCUACUGAACAGAGGACUAAGGAAGAAGCAAGAUAUAUGGGGGUGUGAUAGAAGGGUGUAUAACCAAGCUACAGUAUUCUUCUUCACAAAUUUUCUGGAUGACUGGAGUCAUGAAAGUAUGUGGCUCACCUUUCGGAAAUAUGGAAGAGUCUUGGCUAUUUAUUGUCCACCAAGGAAAUCGAAAUCAAGGAGAAGAUUUGGGUUUGUACGUUUCUUAGAAGUUAAGAAUGAGGUGGAAUUGGAACGAAAGCUGGAUCAAAUCAGAGUAGGGAUGUUCAAGCUCUGGGUUAACAGACCAAGGUUCAGGAAGGAGGAGGAGAGAAACAGAGCAACAACAAAACCAGCUGUGAUGAAUCUUGUCAAUCCAGGGAGGUCAUUUGCAGAGGUUGUUAAAGGGAACCAGGGGUUGGCAGUUAAUGAAGGAAGACAUCUUCAGCAAGAUUCAAGUGCCAGAGAGUGCCAAAAUAAGAAACAGAAGAUUAACACGCCCAAAUCACAAACGCACGUAUGGAUCAUGAAAAAUAAUGUACGUGUAAGUGCUGGCCUGGAGUUUACUGUGAAAGAGGAGGACCUCCUAUGGAUGGAAGGGUGUUAUGUUGGAGUUGCACAUUCGGUUAACAUUAUCUCGACUCUACAGCAAAAGUUCUUCAUGGAAGGAUAUUUUUCGUGUCAAGUAAGACCUAUGGGGGGACGUUUGGUCUUAUUGGAAGGGGGCGACAAGGACGAGAUUAAGGACUUAGUUGAAACAACCCCGGAAUGGUUGGGGCAGUGGUUUGAGGAGGUAAAACCCUGGUCACCAUCAACGGUUGAUAAAGAAAGGUUCGUGUGGAUUCGAUGCCAAGGUGUUCCGAUUCAUGCCUGGGGGCCUGAGUUUUUCUCAACAAUUGGGGCUGUUUGGGGAAAGGUUAUUUCCUUAGAUGAUAGCACCAUUAAGAAGAACAUAUUUGACAUCGGAAGAUUUCUAAUCUCCACGCCCAUUAUGGAGUCCAUCUCUAAAUCCAUGAACAUCACAGUAAAUGGUAUGCCAUAUACAGUCAAAGUAAUGGAGGAGGAGGCAACCAACGGCAUCUUUUCCAUGAAGUCUGAUCAUGUUUUCAGAGAACUGAGUGCUUCAGAUGAUCACAGCUCGGAAUCAUGGUCCCUAAAUAGCGAUGGUGAGGAUGUCUUUGUUGAAUCUAUUCAUGGCGGAGGAGGAUCUAAGGAAUACGGGAGAAGUGCAGUUGGUAGGGCUGUUGAAGAUGACAUGGCAAAGGCUGAUGACGUGGGACAUGACCAUGGAAGAAGGCAAGAAGAGAGUUGGAUGGAGAGUUGCAAGAUGGAGACAAUGGCUAGAAGAAAGAAAUUUGAAUUUGAAGAUGAUAUUGAUGGAAUGAUGAGUGCUGAUGGCUCUAAUACUCAGGCUAAUGAGUAUAUUGAGUCAAGUAUUGGGAAAUCUCAAAAGUUUCCUAUCAGCAAGCUAGAAGAGACGGCUGAGGAGGGAGGCUAUGUGCCUGAUAGUCUGAGCAUGCAUUUAAUGCAAAAUCAGGGACAUAUUUCAAAUUGUGAAAAUGGUAAGGUGAUUGGGCCAAAUUAUCCGAACCGGUCCAUAGAGGAAAAGUGGGUUAAGGGCUACCGGCUGGAUCCUCAAGCAUGUUUGAGAGAUGAUGAGGAUUGGGCCUCCUAUAUGGGGCCCAAUAAAGGUAAUAAAUCAUAUGAAGCUGAUGUUGAUGUGGAGAUAAGUGAAACAGAGAAAGAUAAGCUCGAGGAGGAUGAGGUGAAUAGGAGAAGUAGGGGCAGCUUGAUACCCGAGGAAGAUGAGGCGAAGCGGACAUGCAGGGGCAGCUUGGUGCAUGUGGAGGAUGAGGCGAUUCGGAGAAAUUGGGUUAGCUUGAUAAAUGAGGAGGAUGAGGCGAAUCAGAGAAGCAGGGGGAGCUUGAGACCUGAGGAGGAUGAGGCGAAUCGGACAAGCAAGGGCAGAUUGAUGCAGGUGGAAGGUGAGGCGAAUCGGAGAAGAAAGGGCAGGUUGAUGUCCGAGGAGGAUGAGGUGGGUGACGUGAAUCAGAGAAGCAAUGGUAGUUUGAGCCGGUUAGAAGAUCUCAGUGAAGAAAAUUCCUUUUGGCAGGGAUUUGAAAGUGAAUCGGGGCAAUUGAAAGCUUGGAUGGGUAGAAAAGAGAGGAAACUUAAGAAACAUAAGAAGAAGAGAACGAGGACAUGUUCAUCUGUGUAUAAAAAUUCCAAAAUAGUGGUUCAGCCAAGGACAGAGGAGAUGCAGAGUAGACUAAAAAAACACCGAGAUUUAGAGGAGAAGAUGCCGUUGUUCUAUCCAGGCUCACAAAAUCAGGUAGCGGGUGACUCAAUAGCAGAUAGUGGCAUUGAAAACAGAAACAAGUGCUUGCAGAUGGAGGGUAAAAUCAACAAGGAAAUGAAGAUCUGGGGGUUUGCCAGAGAAAUUGGGGUUGUGGAUCGCGAAAAUGAGGAAGAAAUUAUGCAAAGGCUCGAGACCUUGGAGGAACGUGUGGGUGGUCAAGGGAAGAGAAAAGGGGUUAGAGAACUAGUGGUUCGGGAAAAGGUGGAGUUCUUAUCAAUACAAGAAUCAAAAACAGAGGUGGUGGAUCAUCAACUCUGUAGAGCUCUUUGGGGAUCGAAGGACUUUGAAUGGGUUGCUCAACCCUCAAAAGCUAGAACCCCUGUUUAUAUCAUCCACAUUUAUUCCCCUUGUGACCUUCCUAGUAAAAGAGCAUUAUGGGCUUCUCUCAAAAACCUUAUUUCUGAAAUCGGUGGGAACUGGUGUCUAAUGGGGGAUUUCAAUGCAGUAAGAAAUGAACAGGAAAGGAAGGGUGGGAUGAGUAUAAGGAGAGAAAUGCCAGAGUUUGACGAAUUUAUUAAUGAGUGUGGCCUUGUUGAUUUACCAUUAAUUGGCAGAAAAUUCACAUGGUAUCAAUCUAAUGGAGCCUCGAUGAGUAGGCUAGAUAGAUUUCUGCUCUCAGAAGAAUGGUGUUUGAAUUGGGAGAAUGUCGAACAAUGGGGCUUAAACCGUUCACUCUCUGAUCACUACCCAAUUAUACUCAAAAACCAAAUUACAGACUGGGGCCCAAAACCAUUUCGGUUCUUUGAUGCAUGGCUGGAACUACCCCAGUUUAAAGGCAUAGUCACUGAUACCUGGAAGUCUACAGAAGUAAAUGGAUGGAAUGGGUAUCGUCUGAAGGAGAAAUUGAAGGAAACUAAGAAGGUGAUUGGGCCAAAUUAUCCGAACCGGUCCAAAGAGGAGAAGUGGGUUAAGGGCUGCCGGUUGGAUCCUCAAGCAUGUUUGAGAGAUGAUGAGGAUUGGGCCUCCUAUAUGGGGCCCAAUAAAGGUAAUAAAUCAUAUGAAGCUGAUGUUGAUGUGGAGAUAAGUGAAACAGAGAAAGAUAAGCUCGAGGAGGAUGAGGUGAAUAGGAGAAGUAGGGGCAGCUUGAUACCCGAGGAAGAUGAGGCGAAGCGGACAUGCAGGGGCAGCUUGGUGCAUGUGGAGGAUGAGGCGAUUCGGAGAAAUUGGGUUAGCUUGAUAAAUGAGGAGGAUGAGGCGAAUCAGAGAAGCAGGGGGAGCUUGAGACCUGAGGAGGAUGAGGCGAAUCGGACAAGCAAGGGCAGAUUGAUGCAGGUGGAAGGUGAGGCGAAUCGGAGAAGAAAGGGCAGGUUGAUGUCCGAGGAGGAUGAGGUGGGUGACGUGAAUCAGAGAAGCAAUGGUAGUUUGAGCCGGUUAGAAGAUCUCAGUGAAGAAAAUUCCUUUUGGCAGGGAUUUGAAAGUGAAUCGGGGCAAUUGAAAGCUUGGAUGGGUAGAAAAGAGAGGAAACUUAAGAAACAUAAGAAGAAGAGAACGAGGACAUGUUCAUCUGUGUAUAAAAAUUCCAAAAUAGUGGUUCAGCCAAGGACAGAGGAGAUGCAGAGUAGACUAAAAAAACACCGAGAUUUAGAGGAGAAGAUGCCGUUGUUCUAUCCAGGCUCACAAAAUCAGGUAGCGGGUGACUCAAUAGCAGAUAGUGGCAUUGAAAACAGAAACAAGUGCUUGCAGAUGGAGGGUAAAAUCAACAAGGAAAUGAAGAUCUGGGGGUUUGCCAGAGAAAUUGGGGUUGUGGAUCGCGAAAAUGAGGAAGAAAUUAUGCAAAGGCUCGAGACCUUGGAGGAACGUGUGGGUGGUCAAGGGAAGAGAAAAGGGGUUAGAGAACUAGUGGUUCGGGAAAAGGUGGAGUUCUUAUCAAUACAAGAAUCAAAAACAGAGGUGGUGGAUCAUCAACUCUGUAGAGCUCUUUGGGGAUCGAAGGACUUUGAAUGGGUUGCUCAACCCUCAAAAGGUACGGCUGGAGGCUUGAUAUGUGUUUGGAAUUCUGAAUUAUUGAAGAAAGAUAGGAUUAUUGAAGGGGAUAAUUUUAUUGGGGUUUUUGGAUUUUGGGGGGCAGCUAGAACCCCUGUUUAUAUCAUCCACAUUUAUUCCCCUUGUGACCUUCCUAGUAAAAGAGCAUUAUGGGCUUCUCUCAAAAACCUUAUUUCUGAAAUCGGUGGGAACUGGUGUCUAAUGGGGGAUUUCAAUGCAGUAAGAAAUGAACAGGAAAGGAAGGGUGGGAUGAGUAUAAGGAGAGAAAUGCCAGAGUUUGACGAAUUUAUUAAUGAGUGUGGCCUUGUUGAUUUACCAUUAAUUGGCAGAAAAUUCACAUGGUAUCAAUCUAAUGGAGCCUCGAUGAGUAGGCUAGAUAGAUUUCUGCUCUCAGAAGAAUGGUGUUUGAAUUGGGAGAAUGUCGAACAAUGGGGCUUAAACCGUUCACUCUCUGAUCACUACCCAAUUAUACUCAAAAACCAAAUUACAGACUGGGGCCCAAAACCAUUUCGGUUCUUUGAUGCAUGGCUGGAACUACCCCAGUUUAAAGGCAUAGUCACUGAUACCUGGAAGUCUACAGAAGUAAAUGGAUGGAAUGGGUAUCGUCUGAAGGAGAAAUUGAAGGAAACUAAGAAGGUGCUGAAAGUGUGGAGCAAGAAUAUGAUCUCUGAGAUUGACUUGGGCAUACAAAAGAGCAUUGAUUCUAUUGCCGCUAUUGAUAAAAAAAGUGAGGAGAUGCCACUGUUGCCAGAAGAUAUUGAGGCUAGAAGGACAAAUUUCUUGGAGCUAUGGAAAAAUCAAAGGAUGAAGGAAAGUAUGUGGCGCCAAAAAGCUAGAAAGACAUGGAUAAGUGAGGGGGAUGCCAAUACAAAAUUUUUUCAUAGAUGUGUGAAAGGAAGAAGAAGAAAGAAUGAUAUAUCAAGUAUCCUGGUGGGGAAUCAACGACUUGAAGAAGUCAACAGUAUGAAAGAUGGUGUGGCUAACUAUUUUGAGACACUGUUUAAAAAAGAUGUGUGGCAACGUCCAGUCUUAGAUGGGAUUGAAUUCAAGAAGAUCUCAGAUGAGGAGAGGGCGAUGUUGGAAGCACCGUUUAGUGAGGAGGAAGUUAGACAAGCUGUGUGGAGUUGUGAGAGCACGAAAGCACCAGGAGCUGAUGGAUUCAACUUCAAAUUUGUCAAGGAGAUGUGGGGAACACUUAAGGAAGACCUAAUGGGAUAUGUAUCUGAUUUUCACAAGCAUGGCAAACUGGUUAGAGGGAUGAACAACUCCUUCAUUGUAUUUAUCCGAAAGUUGUCUUCUGUUUUGAAUGGGAUUAUUGGGGAGAAUCAGAUGGGUUUUGUUGGUGGAAGGCAAUUAGUUGACAGUGUGGUCAUCGCAAAUGAGAUUAUUGAUGAAGCCCAGAAAAGAAAGAAGAAAGGGUUUGUAUUUAAAGCUGACUUUGAAAAAGCUUAUGACAAAGUUUGCUGGGAAUUCCUGGAUUAUAUGAUGCUUAGAUUGGGGUUUGGUCAAAAAUGGAAAAACUGGAUUAAUGAAUGUUUGAAGACAGCAGAAGUCUUAGUACUACUAAAUGGCAGCACCACCAGGCAGUUUAAGAUGCAAAGAGGGCUCAGACAAGGUGAUCCUCUCUCCCCUUUCUUAUUUUUUAUUGUGGCUGAAGGUCUUAAUGGCAUCAUCUCAUCAGCUGCGUCAUUGGGGUUGUUUAAUGGGAUUGAAAUUGGGCAGUGUGGCAUGAAUGUAACCCAUCUCCAGUUUGCUGACGACACAAUUGUGUUUGGUAAUGCUUCGGAAGAAAAUAUUUGGGCUGUUAAAAGUAUUAUGAGGAUUUUUGAGAUGGUUUAUGGGCUUAAGAUUAACUUUGGAAAAAGUUUGCUUAUGGGCAUCAAUGUUUCGGAUGAGUGGAUGACUAGGAUGUCCUGUACUUUGAAUUGCAAACAGGGGAAAUUACCUUGUAAAUACCUAGGUAUGCUGAUUGGGGGUAAACGCAGAUGUAUUGCCAUGUGGAGACCCAUGAUUGAGUCCUUUAACAAGAAACUUGCCAGCUGGAAACAUAGAUAUAUCUCUCUUGGUGGAAGGAUCACGCUCCUUAACUUCGUGCUGUCUAGCCUCCCUAUGUUCACGAUGUCUGUCCACAUGCUGCCUAAAGGUUUGAUUCUUUUACUCGACAAAAUACGUAGAAAUUUUCUUGGGGGAGGUGGAGCGAAUAAUAGGAAGAUCAAUUGGGUUUGUUGGGAAAAUGUAUGUAGAAGUAAAUUGGAAGGUGGGCUAGGUGUGAAGGAUCUUAGGAAGUUUAAUUUAGCGUUGUUAGGUAAGUGGUGGAGUAGACUGGCGGAGGGAGAGGAAGGUCUUCUUUACAGGGUUAUUCGGGAGAAAUAUGGUAGUAGUGGAGGUAAUUGGUUGAACUGGAUUGUAGAGGACAACCAGAAGGGGUCCUUAUGGUGGAGGGAUGUCUGUAGAUUAGAUUAUUCGUGCUCAAGUAGAGUUGGCUGGCUUUUAGAUGGCUUUAAACUAAAGUUGGGAGAGGGCAGAUCAAAGAGCAUUUCUCAAAUGGGUUUCUGGAGCAAUGGAAGCUGGAAUUGGUCAUUAGAAUGGAGGAGACCUAACUUCUCAUGGGAGGAACACUCGAUGGCAGAGCUGUGGAGGAUGUUGCAGACUAUCCAACCAAUUAAGGGACAAAAGGACCAAUGGGAGUGGAGGCAUGAUCAUGGGAUUUAUUCAGCUAAAUCGGGAUAUCAUGCUCUUUCUAGCAACCACCAACAGAGUAGGAUCAACUUGCAUAAAAGAAUUUGGUGCAGACUAGUCCCCACAAAAAUAUGUGCCUUUGUUUGGAAAGUCAUACAAGAUAGAAUACCCUCUAAGCUAAAGGAUCAGGUAUCUCAACAGAAAGUCAUCCGGAAUGGAGGUGGAUCAAUGAGUGAAGGAGUUUGUAUGCCUGAAGCACUAAUGGUCUUUGGGGUUCUAUGCGGCAGUCAAGGAAUGCUCAGUGAAUGUGCGGGAUAGUGGGGCAAUAGCUGAAUUGUUUUUCAUGAUCAGUAUUGUGUCUGAUAAAGAUUUGCAACAGAA